CUGCUUCUUUAGACCAUAAAAUACAGUGCAUUUUGGGCAGAUCUGAAUGCGCUCAGAUCAUCUUUGACCCUUCUCCUCCCGUGUGCGCCGUCCUAUCCGCUGUGCGCUCUGGACACUAAACUCCCUCCCCUCCCGCUCCUCUCCUCCUCACCGCGCAGAGCUCGACGCGCACAGGCACAACAGAUGGUACGGUACUACAGGCUGCAGGAGCGCAAGAAUUUCAUGUAGAAGUACUUUUAUUUCCAAACUUCACAGGAACGUUUAGUGUAAUAGGAGUAGGGGGGGUUCUCCGCGGACAAACUCGACUUUGACAGUCACUGGAUCCUACGUUUAGAGGCGGAAUUUGGUGCCAAGGUCAGUCGUGGCCAUGCCAUUUGGCUGUUUAACAAUCGGGGAGAAGAAGGAUUAUAACAAUCCUUCGGAUGUGACAGAUAAAUAUGACCUGGGUCAGAUUGUUAAAUCGGAGGAGUUCUGUGAGAUAUUCAGGGCCAAGGACAAAACUACGAUGAAAAUGUACACGUGUAAAAAGUUCCUGAAAAAGGAUGGACGGAAAGUCCGCAAGGCUGCGAAAAAUGAGAUCCUCAUCUUAAAGAUGGUGAAGCAUCCCAAUAUUCUUCAACUGGUGGAUGUCUUCGAGACCAAAAAAGAGUACUUCCUCUUCCUUGAACUCGCAACAGGGAGAGAGGUAUUUGACUGGAUCCUGGACCAAGGUUACUACUCGGAGCGAGACACCAGCAACGUGGUGCGCCAGGUGUUGGAGGCUGUUGCCUAUCUUCACUCCCUGCAUAUCGUCCACAGAAACCUCAAGCUGGAGAACUUGGUUUACUACAAUCGCCUGAAGCACUCUAAAAUCGUCAUCAGCGACUUCCAUCUUGCCAAGCUGGAGAACGGACUAAUCAAAGACCCCUGUGGGACACCAGAGUACCUGGCUCCAGAGGUGGUUGGCAGACAGCGGUAUGGCCGGCCUGUGGACUGCUGGGCAACAGGUGUCAUCAUGUACAUACUGCUGUCAGGCAAUCCUCCUUUCUACGAUGAAACCGACGACGAUGAUUAUGAAAACCAUGACAAGAACCUGUUCCGAAAGAUCCUGGCAGGCGAUUAUGAGUUUGACUCUCCAUACUGGGAUGAAAUCUCAGAUUCAGCUAAGAGUCUGGUUGCUCGUCUGAUGGAGGUGGAUCAAGACCAGAGACUGACAGCCCAGGAGGCGAUAAACCAUGAAUGGAUCUCUGGAGGUGCAGCUUCAGAUAAGAACAUCAAGGAAAAUGUGUGUGCACAAAUAGAGAAGAACUUUGCCAGAGCUAAAUGGAAGAAAGCUGUGCGGGUCACCACCAUCAUGAAGAGACUGAGAGCACCUGAACAGAAGGACUCGAGGGCUACGAGCCCCACAGCCGGUGCCCCAGCGGACGCCGCAGCUCCCCAGGCUGCCACCGACGCCUCUGCCGCAACACCCGAGGGAGCGCCCGCUGCCGUCACAGAGCUCCCUGCUGGAGUGGAGAUAAGCCAACCGGCGCCGGAGGCUGAAGCCGGGGCGGCAGCCUCAGCCGGGGAGCCACAGCAACCGAGCCCGGCGCCGCAGGAGGCCGAGCCCGCAUCGCGUUGUAACGGAGAGGCUUCGUCUGCCCUUCACGCAGCCGCCGAGGCCGGGGACGAGCAGGGUUAGACCGCCACCACCCCUUCCUGUGUGACCUCUGCAGUCCCCACCACCUCCUGCACACUGUACAUUAGCUGCUAGCAUGGUGACACUGACUCUGCUUCUCUCUCACUUGCAGCAUUAGUAUCAUCUCAUGGAGGCUGUGUGCUACCUUUCCUGAGUGCUGUGUUGGCUUUCUUUUUACAUGUAUUGUGUCUUUUUUCACUGACCCUCCGGCGUUUUUUUGUUAGAUUAUAGAAACCCUGUCUGUCUCCGCACACUUGAGUUUUAGGGGCAAAAACAGAUUUGCUAUCAAGCUGUGGCUUACAGCUAAAGUCGUCUUUCUUAUUCUUCUUUUAGCGAUAAGAGAAUAUAGGAGGACAUAAUUGUGCUGAAAAUGGCUUUGAUUCCUUUUUAAUGAGCCGACGAGGGAAACUUCUCUCUGCCCGUCUCGCAAUUAAAAGUAUUUGUUCUUAGAAUCAGUAGAAAAGUUUCGCUUCUGAAAUUUUGACCUUGUACCGUGAUACUCAGUAAGUGCUGGUCCUCACACAUCGAGAAGAUCAUUUUAUUCCUGUCACAGAGGAAAUAUGGUCCUUAUCUGUUUUUGUCUUCACUAACCAGUUAUUGUGCGUCAAACGAUGCUGAGAAUGGUGACUGGGAGCUGUUAUGCCCAGUGCUGUAUUUUGAACUAGGCAGCUUCUCACAUAAGCACACACACCAACACGACGUUCCUUUGCUAACUUCCUGCUCAGGAAAGAACCUCAUAGCUGUAAGUGUAAAGAUUCUGUACAUAGAGACCUUUGUAGAAGUAGCCGAAACAGCAUGCGUUCUCACUUUUUGCUGUUCAUUUGCAGCCACUUGGUGGAUAAAGAUGCGCUACCGCCAAAAUUCGUCUAACUGCGGGCCACAGCGGCCUCGCCUCUUGCCACAAGCCAUGCCGAGGCUAAUGUUCUUUUCAAAAGCACACUGUACAUGAUGUCGUCUAGUACCACUGUUCAUUUGGUACCCCUGCCGUCAAUGUAAGUUAUACGAAUAGGAAAAAAAAAGGAAAAAAAACAUCUUCAUAGCAGUUCUAUGCAUCCAAAUUAAUUUGUAGCUUUUCUUUUUUUAGAAACUUCAUCUUUAUGCGUCAUUUUUUUUAAAUUAAUUUUUUGCUAGAUCUCAGUCUACUCGUAUCUGCUUUGGUUUAAUCAUGUUCCUUGUGUUAGAUAUUGACUCGAAAUGCCACAUAUGUCUUAAUAAGUUGUUGUAAUUGUAAAACAAAAUGUGCAUUAACUGACCACAUGCGGCUUUCAAGGGAAGACAUUUUGACUUUGUGCUAACUAGAGUCAACAACUCAGCUUUGUUAACCCGCAUUGAACUGAAACAAAAUGUAGGAAGCAUUUAUUUCACAUUUCUUAACUUAUUUAUUUAUAUUUUUAUUGUCAUCUUAUUUUUUGCUUACUUUUUUUCAACUCUUUCAGUUGUUUACUGAUGUAUGAUUUACAGAUGUUUACUCCAUAGAUUUUUCUCCUUAUACUUGAUAAACAAUAAUACCAAUAUUUCCUUUGUUGUGUCUGGUCCCCUCAAGCAUUAAUAAUGAGCUACAGACAGAGUUCUCUGUAAUCAAUCUAGAGGAAAUUGAGCAAUAUUCGAAUGGCUGCAGAAACUGUGAUUCCUGGUGUCCUUUCGAUACAGUCCAUGUACCUGUAAGUAGAAGUCUCGAGUCCUUGCCAGCUGUCAGUCCCAUCAGGGCCACUUAACAAACACACGGCUGCUGUCAGAUAAGUGUGUGCACGUGUGUGUGUGUCUGUGUGU